GAGUGCACAUGAGUUUGUUGUUCCUCGUCUUCCCCUCCCCACCCCCAACUCAAACUUGUGCUUCGAUGGCAUCUGGGCCUCUGUGCUCCUUUUGCAUGUGUAAUGGUUGGAGCUGAUCAAUGUCAAAGAGGGCAAACGUCCGAGACUACAUCCGGAACAAAGCACGAACAGUAGUAAUGCCGGGCAGAGCCCCGGCGGUCCACAAGGCUACCACUGGAGUCGAGUCCCUAUCGCGCCUCGCAUAUCUGAAAUAGAGGGAGUGAAUCCGGCCACUUCGCCUCCUAGCCAUCGGGGAUCACCAUCUUUAAUCCCCGGUGGAUCUCUCACGGCCAGUGGCCACGCGUCACCCAGCUCUACAGGCUCAAUGGCAUCGGGGCAGGCGCCAUGGAACGUCAAAAGCGCCCAGCGUCACUUGGGCCUUGGUGGAGGCCAAAUUCCUGCGAGUGGUUCGGAAGAGCUUCAGUCGGAACCAAUCAGAAUUGAGCCAGGCCGAAGUGUUUCGGGUGAAGAGCAACCAGAUCAACAAUCCGGAAGCAGCGGACCUUCGGUGAGCACAGACUCUGGACCAUCCUACCCUUGGAUUUCAAAUAUACCGUCCAGAAGGACUCUUCAUCAUCCAUCGCAGCCUCUGCCUUCUCUGAAAGGCGAGGAUACUUCUCUCUCAUCCAUUUCUUCAAUGUCCUCUGGAAUCUCUGCAGGCAGUACUUCAUCCAUGCCGUCGAGAACGAUGCUUCCUCCGCUAUCGCGCAUUGACGAAACCAACUCUCAACGAUCCCUGCCUUCAUUAGCCGCUAGCCUGUCACAAGGCCAUUUGGAUCAAUCUCCAUCAAUGGCGCAUCCGUCUUCCGCUCAGCAAUCUCCUGUAGCGCCAUAUGGCCCAUAUCAACACACGCCACCAUCCGAAGAAUCCACGACUUUACCUCCGUUGGGUAUGUACAUGAAAACUGCAAACAUUUUGCGCACAUAGAGUUUUUUUGUAUUCCGAUCCCAUAUUGGACUUUUUUUUU